ACUAACUACAAAGCGCAAAAUAAAACCCUAGCUUUCUCUGUUCUCACUCGCCUCCUCGCUCCGCCUCUCUCCAACACAAAAAUGCCGUUCAAGAGGUUCAUCGAGAUCGGGAGGGUGGCCCUCAUCAACUACGGCAAAGAACACGGCAGGCUCGUCGUCAUCGUCGACGUUAUCGACCAGAACAGAGCUCUGGUUGAUGCACCUGACAUGGUUAGGUCACAAGUGAACUUCAAGAGACUGUCAUUGACGGACCUCAAGGUUGACAUAAAGAGGGUGCCGAAGAAGAAGGAGCUGAUUAAAGCCAUGGAGGAUGCUGAUGUCAAGAACAAGUGGGAGAAGAGUUCCUGGGGAAGAAAGCUCAUUGUUAGGAAGACUAGGGCUAACCUUAAUGAUUUUGAUAGGUUCAAGCUCAUGUUGGUCAAAAUCAAGAAGGCUGCUGUUGUUAGGCAAGAGCUUGCAAAGUUGAAGAAGAUCUCAGCUUAGGCGUUGUUUUUUAUAGAAAAAUGUUCAAAUUUUGUUAUGGAUUACUUUCAUUUACAGCUACUACACCUUUGAUUGUUGUGAGCUUUUUAUUUUUUGUUAUAAGGUAUCAUUAAUUAGACACUUCGAGUUUUUACUAUUCAGAUUUUUAAUCUUAGGGAAUUCAUCAUGUGAGGUGCUUUCUAUUGUUGCUUCAAUAUUUCAGUGUUGAUCUUUUCCAA